AUGUCCCCAUUUCAGUAUGACUAUAAUAAUAACAACCACCAUUGGGUUAUUAUUGAUGAGUCGUCCUCAAUUGCAACUAAUCAACGAAGUAAUCUUCCCCAGCCUCCAUUACCAAUUAUCAAAGUCCCAUUUCCGCCAAAUGUAGACCCAGAAGAAUUGAUAUUGAAGCCAAGAAAAGCAAAAUCUAAAUUACCAACGAAACCUCCUAAUGCCUUUAUGAUUUAUCGAAUGCAAUAUGUGAAAGAGUUGCACGCUAAAGAUUAUAGGUUACCUAUGCGAAGCGUAUCGGCUUCAGUUGCUUCGGCUUGGAGAGAAGAACCUGAACAAAUCGUAGAGUUUUAUGAAAAAAUUGCUAGAGAAGCGAGCAAAAUUUAUAAUGAAAAAUAUCCAAAACCUACUCUCCAACCGAGACUUUCUGUUGAAAAGCAUGGUCAAAAGAGACGAAAUGGGUUGACCAAUGGAACUUCGACGUCACUAGGACAUUUAAAUCAUUUAAAUGAUCACGCAUUCAAUCAUAACGAAAAUACACGCCCAAGUCAUUUUCGUUACUUUCCUGGAACAACGACAUUAGAAAAUCAUUCGCUCGCCCAUUAUCAUAAUCAUAACAUGCAUUCUCCUCCUUCUUCUUUAGCUAUCCCUUCUUUAAUGACGGAUUACGACAAUUCCGGAGUUUUUGGAAGAGCUCAAAUGCGUUCUCCAAGAACUUUAUCAGCCCCUUAUUCCUCGACAAAUUCAACUAAUAGUUUAUUACCCUCUAACCUUCAUAUGCAAUUGCCUCACGUCAAUUCUUUGUCUAAUGCUCCAUUACAGAGCUACAUGGAAGAAGGUGCAACUUGUCCCACUGGAUGGGAUUUCGUAAAUACUCAUAAUUGA